GUAACGUCCCAUUGCAGGAAAGAAAGACGUGCCCCUACCGCCUCCGACGGACGCCUUUCCGCACGUCUCGGCUCGCCUGGAGAGCGGGCCGCAUGCAGCGCGGUACUCUCCCAACGCCCCCAAGCUGGGUCACCUGGAACUGCAGCUGCAGGGCGCGGCCGGGGUCGUUACCAUGUCGACGCUGACAGGGGUUGCGAGCCUGAUCGAGGAUGAGAUUCUCACCACCCCCAUGCCGAUGAGAGUGGAUUUCGUCGAUUCGCAGUUAAGCCUUGUGAUCAAGCUUUUCCUACCUUUGGACGACGGCCCUCCCCUUAACCCUGGUUCUCCCGGGACUGUCCCUCUGGACAUCCACGUGGACCGCGCCACUGUGGUACGGAGGGAGGACGGAAUAUUCCAUCUCACCUGUUUGGCGCCCUCCCCACGGCCGGAUGUAGGUUUAUCGGUGAGACCGACAGAGUACACACAGGCUGGAGCAGGCAGAUCAGGGCUACAGGCAGGAGGGUCAGGGGUCACACAGAUAUCAGCGCUCAAGGAGGAAAAUGAGCAACUCCAGAGGGAGGUGGCGCGGCUGAGGGAACAGCAGAAGGCCAGCAUGACAUCACAGCUGCUGUCGGAGAACCUGUGCCUCCAGGGGGAGAAGCAGCAGCUGAGGGAAGAGCUGGUGGAUACCCAGCAUGCCCUGCAGGAGGCGGAACAGGAGCGCACCACUCUGCUGCGGACGCUCGAGCACGUGCAGAAGGAAAUGCUUGAGUCUGACCGCGAGAAGAACUUUCUCAGAGAUCAGCUGGAGAGGAGAAGUCCAAGGAAGUGAUGCGCGCCCCCCUCCCCAUCCCACAGCGCCCC